AUGGUUAAAGCCUUAAUUGCAGUCACUUCUUUCUUCGACAAGUUCUACCCAGACGGAACCAAAACCGGUCUCUUCGCUGCUGAAGCCAUUGAGCCAUUUGAAAUCUUCAGAGCUGAAGGCUAUGAAGUUGACUUCGUUUCUGAAACCGGUACCUUUGGUUACGACGAAAACUCUGUUUCUAACCCAGACUUCUUGAACGGUGAAAUUGCUGAAAUCUUCCACGACAAGGAAUCUGCCUUCAACAAGGCUAUGAGCAACAUCAAGAAGGCCGCUGACGUCAAGGCCGAUGAAUACGAUAUUUUCUACGCUGCUGGUGGCCACGGUACUUUGGAAGACUUCCCAACUGCCUCUGGUUUACAAUCCAUUGCCCUGGCUAUCUGGGCCAAGGAAGGUGUCGUCGCUGCUCUUUGUCACGGUGUUGCUAUCUUGGCCAACCUCUUGGACUCCAAGACCGGCAAGCCAUUGGCCCAAGGCAAGUCUAUGACUGGUUUCACCGAUGAAGGUGAAAGACUCACUGGUGUUGACAAGCUCAUGGAAGCCAGAAACUUGCAAAGUAUCGAAGACUGGGCCACCAAGUUGGGUGCUAACUACGUUGCCCCACCAACCCCAUUCGAGGACUUCGUUGUCAACGACGGUAAGUUUGUCACUGGUGUCAACCCAGCCUCCGCCAAGUCCACCGCUAUCAGAGCCGUUGAAGUCUACAAGAACUAA